AUGCGUUUUGUUUCAUUUAUCAUACCUUCCCUUCUGGCCAUACCAUAUGCCUUCGCAGCAUCUUUGCACCACAAGCACCCUCGAGGCACAGAUGAAUGCGUCAAUAGUGCCUCUAACCGAACGUGUUGGAAGGAUGGUUUCGACAUUUUGACCAACUACUACGACGAAGUUCCAGACACUGGUGUCGUUCGAGAGUAUUGGUUCAAUGUAGAGAACACCACUGCGGCCCCUGAUGGCGUUGAGCUACCUCUUCAGUUGAUCAAUGGGUCCUUCCCAGGCCCUACUAUCAUUGCCGACUGGGGUGAUACCGUUGUUGUCCACGUCACAAACUCUUUGCAGAACAAUGGUAGCGGGCUUCACUUCCACGGGAUCCGCCAGAACUACACCAACCAAAUGGAUGGCGUUCCUAGCCUUACCCAAUGCCCGAUUGCCCCGGGAGACUCUUAUACCUACCGUUGGCGAGCAGUCGAAUAUGGAACCGGCUGGUACCACUCCCACUUCUACGUUCAGGCCUGGGAUGGAGUGUUUGGUGGCAUCAUAAUUAAUGGACCAGCAACUGCCAACUACGAUGUCGAUCUUGGCCACGUCUUCUUGAAUGAUUGGUACCAUCAAACGGCCGACCAAUUGGUUCUUGCAGCAGCGACCGGCGGACCACCUACAGCCCCGAAUGGACUCAUUAAUGGAACCAAUGUAUGGGGAGACAAGGGCUCACGCUGGGAAACGACCUUUGAGCCCGGCACUCGGUACCGUAUGCGUGUCUUGAAUGCUGGGGCAGACCAGCACUUCCGAUUCAUGAUCGACAACCACACCCUCGAAGUCAUUGCGAACGACUUCGUACCGAUUGUUCCCUUCACUACAGAUCAGCUGAGCAUUGGUAUGGGUCAAAGAUAUGAUGUCAUCGUUACAGGGAAAGAAAUAAGUAGCGGAAACUUCUGGCUGAGGGCUAUCCCUCAAGCUGCCUGCUCUGAGACUGAUGCGACUGACCUGGUGAAGGGUAUCAUUCGUUAUGAUAAUUCCUCUACCGCUGACCCGAAAACUACGGCUUGGAGCUACACUGACUCUUGUACGGAUGAGGCAGCCUCCGAUCUCGUACCUUACCUCCAGGUCAAUGCCUCUGACACCUACUACUAUGGCGAGAAACAAAACGUUCAAGUGCAAGUACAGGAUAAUGCGAUGCUCUGGUUGAUGAACGGGGUUUCCUUCGACAGUAUGUGGGAAUAUCCUACCUUGAUGCAGGUGGCCGAGAACAACCAAACUUGGCUUGCGAAGCAGCGUAUUGUUCAUCUCCCUAAAGCCAACGAGUGGGUGUACUUUGUCAUUCAUUCCCCUUUUGCGCAAGACCACCCUAUGCAUUUGCAUGGCCAUGACUUCUGGGUCCUCGGCUCAGGAUAUGGCAACUUUGAUACUUCUAUGAAGAAUACUCUGACAUUGGUGAACGCCCCAAGACGUGAUGUUGUCAUGCUGCCUGCCAGUGGCUAUGUGGUUAUUGCCAUGAAAACUGUCAACCCUGGUAUCUGGCUUAUGCAUUGCCACAUCGCCUGGCACACAUCUGAAGGGUUUGCUGUUCAGCUACUCGAGCGCGAAUCAGAGAUCAGAAUUGAUGAUAGCACUCUUAACUCUACAUGCAAAGCUUGGUCGAAUUAUGCUGUGGCUGACGAUGUCACUCAGCAUGACUCAGGUAUUUAG